UUUUCUGGCUCGAGCUGCUUCUCUCUUUUCUUUCUAAUUACUGAUUGAGUCUUUGAGGUCUUACUGGAGAUAACCGCACCGGGGAGGAUCUUCUUGAGACUUUCUAAACUCGAAGUAUAAUACUGGAGAAACAGAACCCAACAAGAAUACCAAGCAUCGAUCAAUGUCACUUCCGCCGCCGGCCCACGAGGGCCAUAAUCCCGGCGUUCCUCUCCACCACCAGCAACAGCAGCACUCACCGUCGCAUUCGAUCACAUCCCUCACAUCAACCACUACAACCACCACAACCUCCUCCUCAGCAUUUAAUAACCACCACAACCACAAUGCAGAAGCACCCGAAAACGACCCCGAACGCAACGCCCUAGAGAAACAACCAACAGCAGCGUCGGGCUUCUCAACGGCUGGACUAGAAGCCCGCACGCACUCCAUCGUGUCGCGCAUCCGCAGCCGCGAUCCCGCGCAGACGGCGCGCUUCACGCACCCGCUCGCACAUACGAAAACCACCGAGGACGUCGUCGUUGACUUCGAGGGGCCCGAUGAUCCUUACCUCCCGAUGAAUUGGGGGUUUCGGAAGAAGGCGAUUACCACUGUGCUUUAUGGGUUGACUACUAUGGGUGCUACGUGGGCGAGUUCGAUUUAUUCAACAGGUACCACGCAAGUAGACGCCGAGUUCCAUGUGGGCGAGGAGGUCGGCACGCUGGGGACGACGCUUUUGCUGUUCGGGUUUGGCCUCGGCCCCCUGAUCUGGGCCCCCAUCUCAGAAGUCUACGGACGCAAACCAGCCGUGCUAGCACCGUACUUCAUCGCCGCGAUCUUCUCCUUCGGGACCGCAACCGCCAAGGACCUACAGACGGUGAUGCUCACGCGAUUCUUCACGGGAUUCUUCGGGUCGGCGCCGGUGACGAACACAGGAGGGGUGCUGAGCGACAUCUGGACAGCGGAGCAGCGGGGGGCAGCGAUCGUGGGGUACGCGAUGGCGGUGGUGGGGGGCCCGGUGCUGGGGCCGAUUGUGGGUGGGGCGAUCACGCAGAGCUACCUGGGGUGGCGAUGGACGCAGUACAUCACCGGGAUCAUGAUGAUGGUUUUCCUGAGCCUGGACCUGCUGUGCCUGGACGAAUCCUACCCACCCGUGCUGCUGGUCUACAAAGCGCGGCGCCUGCGCUUCGAAACCGGCAACUGGGCGCUGCACGCGCGCCACGAAGAAUGGGACGUGACGCUCCGCGAACUGGGCAACAAGUACCUGAUCCGGCCGUUUGCGCUGCUGACCACCCCCAUCUGCUUCCUGGUCGCCCUGUACGCGAGCUUCGUCUACGGCAUCCUGUACCUCAGUCUCGCGGCGUUCCCCAUCGAGUUCCAGCGCAUCCGCGGCUGGAACGCCGUCAUCGGCGCCCUGCCGUUCCUGGCCUACCUGAUCGGGAUUCUGGUCGGUGCCUGCAUCAACCUCGCCAACCAGAAGUUCUACAUCCGUCGCUUCAAGGCCAAUGGCAACCGCCCCGUGCCCGAGGCCCGGCUGCCGCCGAUGAUGCUGGGUAGUGUCUUCUUUGCGGCGGGCUUGUUUCUGUUCGGUUGGACGGGUACCCGUGCUUUCCAUUGGGUCUGUCCCUGUAUUGGUGCCGUCUUCAUGGGCUUCGGCUUCUUUACCAUCUUCCAGGCUGCCCUCAAUUACCUGAUCGAUACCUUCCAGGCUGUCGCGGCGAGCGCUGUCGCUGCGAAUACCUUCAUGCGCAGUCUGUUUGCGGGCUGCUUCCCCUUGUUUGCGAAUAUCAUGUUCACGCGUUUGGGUGUACCAUGGGCUGCUAGUGUGUUGGGCUUCGUUGCCAUCGCGCUGAUUCCCAUUCCCUAUCUGUUUUAUGUCUAUGGAAAGCGCAUUCGCGCUAGGGGGAAGUGGUCCCGGGCUUCGGUUUAUGGGUGAUUCUGGGUAUGAUGUUCCUCGUUUGGGUUUUUGCGCGGCUGGUUGUGUGCGAUGUGGGGUGGUAUGGGACUGGUUGCGCUGCGUUGGUUUGGGUGGUCGAUCCCGCCGAGCAGUGGCAUCAUCCUCUACCGCCCUCAAAAGUGUUUUCCUUUUUGAGAUACCUCUGAUGACUGCUUCAUUCCCUGGCACUUUUGUCUGGGUUUUGUUUAUUCCAUUUGCAUGGCAUACGUAUAUACGACUGAUAAAGUUUAGAUAGAUAUAAUGU